AUGUACACGUCGGGCGUGGAUGGCAUGCGCCAGGAAUUCAGGGUCUCAUCCAACACCGUGGUUCUUCUUGGUCUGACAACCAACCUCUUCGGCCUCGCGUUGGGGUCAGUGAUACUUUCUUCAUUGUCGGAAAUUUACGGCCGCCGGCCGGUCUAUCUCAUCUCUGUCUUUUUAUUUGGUUUUCUGGUCUUACCUGUGGCACUGGCACAAAACAUUGAAGCCAUUCUCGUCAGUAGACUCUUCGGGGGCUUUUUUGGCGGGUCGAUGAUUGCCAGCGCACCGGGUAGUGUCACCGAUGUGACGGGUGAUCAAUAUCGCGCUCUGGCCUUGAGCUGUUGGAGUCUGGGAACUAUGAACGGACCUGUUCUCGGGCCUAUCAUUGGCGGCUUUGUCUACCAGUAUCUGGGCUGGCGCUGGAUCAAUUGGGUUGUUUUGAUCUGCACCGGCGUCUCAUUUCUGUUGAUGGUGCUGGUCCAAGAAACCUAUGCACCAGCUCUUCUUCGACGUAAAACAAAAAUCAAGCAGACCCAGACUGGUGACAGGCGAUGGUGGUGCCGCUUCGACCAUGAUGAGACGGGACUUCGGAUAUUAAAAACCAACUUGACUCGACCUGUCCGCAUGAUAGUCUCUGAGCCCAUUUGUGUGUUCUGGAACUUAUAUGUCGGAGUCGUCUACGCAGUGCUCUUUCUAUGCUUUGUGGCCUACCCCAUCGUUUUCCAAGAGCAACGUGGCUGGUCCCCAGGACUUGCAGGGCUUAGCUAUUGUGGUAUAGGAACUGGAACCGCCAUUGCCGUCGCUCUGGAGCCAAUGAUUCGAGGUAUCAUUGCCAUUCACCCUUGCGAUCCGGCCACCGGCCGACCACCCCCAGAGGCUGCCGUGUUCGCCGUAUGUAUAGGCAGUGUGCUUAUCCCAAUUGGUGAAUUCUGGUUUGCAUGGACUGCUCAGCCAUCAGUACACUGGAUCUCUCCCAUUCUUGCGGGUCUGCCCUUCGGGCUGGGAAACGGGUUGGUUUUCAUCUACGCGACCAACUACAUGGCCGGGAGCUAUACAGUGUAUGCCGCGUCAGCUCUAGCUGGCAAUUCCAUUGUGCGCUACGGUCUCGCCGGGGUCCUUCCUCUUGCCGGGUCCAGAAUGUACCACAAGCUAGGGGCGAACUGGGUAGGGACGUUGUUGGCGCUUAUGGAAGUGAUUCUCAUUCCGAUCCCCUUCAUCUUCUAUAAAUACGGACACAAAAUCCGGCUGCAAAGCCCCAUGAUCAGAAAAGGGGCCGAAAUCUGA